UUGGAUGUCGGCUGCUACUGCGGCAAUGCACGGCUGACGGCUGCUUGCAUUCGUUAGUUUGGUAUUUGUAUUUAUGUUCUCUUAAAGCCCUUCAAACCAAGAUCUAAUUGAAUGUAUCAACAAUUCGGCUCAUUUUGAAAAUCUUUCUAGUCUAAUUUUUCCCUUGAAUCGUAUGAGACGAUGGCUCACAGACGGCUUCUGCCCGAGAAUAAGGGCCUUUAUAAUUUAAACAAAUUGUACUUUAUACCAAAACCACAUCCUUUAAACGAUGGAAUUGGAAGAAAUCUCCCCAAUGCCUACAAAAAAUUUUAUGAAGAGUUACUGCAGAAGCCCUCUGCAGUACAUCACAUACCUGUUAAAGAAAGAUACCAACGAGACCCAGAGACAGGAGUUGUAAAACGUCUUCAGGAUGAUCCACCUCCGCUUUUUUUCCCCAAAGCAUUUCAUAGAGGUUUGUGGGGUGGAGCUGCUGUUAUCAAGGGCUUCUCUCACCCACACUUGAAGCUUCCAAGGAUUCCAAGAUAUUGGAUCCCUAAGUUGGAAAUAUCUGUUGUGUACAGUGAAGUAUUGGACUUAUACAUUACAUCUGCUGUGACAAAGAGAACUAUUCAGCUGAUACACAAGCACUAUGGAUUUGAUCACUACUUGCUACAGACUCCAGCAUGUGAUCUCAAAUCUGAUUUAGCUCUUAAAAUUAAGAGGAAAAUUUUACUUGCUCUUGAUAAGAACGAACUUCCGCACUCUGAUCCAGAGAAGAGGGACCAAGUCUAUAAUACGUAUAAGCAUUACUUAGAAAAGUAUGAUACAGAGUAUAUUCAAUGGUAUGGUCUUAAGAUCCAUGAAGCUGUUCAAAAAAUGCAAUAUGAAGAAGAAAAAGCUAAAGGACCAAUUCUACCUCUUAAACAUUUGUAUAGAAAGGAAUAUUUGGAGGAAUUGAAAGCUGAACAAGAGCAGAAACAAGAAGCUCAACCGGCUGUACCUGAAAAUGCAAUUACAUCAAUGUUCAACAGGCUGAACCCCUUUAAGAGGAGCAAAUAAUGGAGUGUAUUUUGCAAUUUUCCUUGAUGGAUAUGAAGCAAAAUUGUCCCUUGAUAUACCUCACUUUUAGAGGUUGUGCUAAACUAUGAUGCAGAACAACAUUAAAAGUAGUCUACGUUGAUUUAUUGAUUUAAA